AAUUGUUAAGCAUGUUAAGCACUUCAAGAUAAAGAAAAUGGCAGAAGUUACUAAAAAUUCAAUGGAAAAUACAGAAAAUGAAUCAAAAUACGCCAACCAAAGUGACAAAGGAGGAGAUGGCAAUACAUUAUCUGACAACCAGAAAGAAAAAGACAAGAAGGAUUCAAAAUCCUCCGGCUCUAUGCCCGUGAUCGGAGAGCAUUACCUUGUGAGACGUCCAGACGGAACAUGGCAUGCAGCAGAGAUCAUACAGAGCAGAGGUAGCGAUCAUGGUAGUGGAAAGCACGAGUACUAUGUACACUACGAGGGAUUUAACCGCCGUUUGGAUGAGUGGGUAGAGAUUGAAAGGUUGGAUUUGAGCAACAAGUUGGAGGACCCUCACUGCAAAAUCAAAGACAUGUCAAUCAUGAUGACAGACCUGAGUGAUGGAACAGAUCGCAAAAUCACACGCAAUCAAAAACGUAAACAUGAUGAGAUUAACCAUGUACAGAAGACUUAUGCAGAAAUGGAUCCAACAACAGCUGCCCUGGAAAAAGAGCAUGAAGCGAUCACAAAAGUCAAGUACAUUGAUAAGAUACAGAUCGGGAGGUAUGAGAUUGAUGCCUGGUAUUUCUCCCCCUACCCAGAGGAUUAUGGUAAACAGUCCAAACUGUGGAUCUGUGAAUUUUGUCUGAAAUACAUGAGAUUGGAACGCUCUUACCGCUAUCAUCAGAGCCAGUGCAUUUAUCGCCACCCACCUGGAAAAGAAAUCUACAGGAAAGGAACUAUUUCUUUGUUUGAGGUUGAUGGAAAAGAUGCCAAGAUCUACUGUCAGAAUCUGUGUUUACUGGCAAAGUUGUUUUUGGAUCACAAGACUCUAUACUUUGAUGUGGAACCCUUUAUGUUUUAUAUACUAACAGAAGUAGACAGGCAGGGCUGCCAUCUUGUGGGCUACUUCUCCAAGGAGAAAGAAUCUCCAGAUGGAAAUAACGUUGCCUGUAUUAUGACACUGCCACCAUUCCAAAGGAAAGGAUAUGGAAAGUUUUUAAUUGCUUUCAGUUAUGAGUUGUCCAAACUGGAGGGCACUGUAGGCUCACCAGAGAAACCUCUAUCAGAUUUGGGCAAGCUCAGCUACAGGAGUUACUGGUCCUGGGUUCUAUUAGAAAUCCUCCGAGAUUUUAGAGGAACAUUAUCCAUCAGAGAUCUGAGUGAGAUGACCAGCAUUACCCAGAACGACAUAAUCAGUACUCUACAAUCUCUCAACAUGAUCAAGUAUUGGAAGGGCCAGCACGUCAUCUGUGUCACGCCGAAGCUUGUAGAAGAACAUAUAAAGAGUGCACAGUACAAACGUCCAGUAUUGACUGUCGACUCUUCCUGCCUUCGCUGGGAACCACCGCGCAAGAGCCAGAAACUCCUCAAGAAGUGACAAAGGAAAUAACAUCAAAAAAGACAUUCUUUGGAAGAAUAAGUUCUGGUUUCCUUUCAACCAUUGAUAUCUAAUGCCAGUGAUAUUGAUCCAAGGCAGUGCAUUACUACAGAAAUGGCUCAUUGAGAAGAAGAAAAAAUUCAGUUGACAAUUAUAUACAUGUAACUUGUUUUAAGAUUUUGUGCAAUAUUUUUUUGUCAUAUUAGUAAAUGAAAAAACCCAUACAA